ACGUCGAGAUCGAGCACACAAAGAAAUAAAGAAUAUUUUCUACAAGGUUAUCCAGAAACGUCGAAAGUCUGAGGAGAAGGAAGAUGACAUUCUCCAAACUCUACUUGAUGCUUCAUACAAGGAUGGCCGUCCGCUGACAGAUGAUGAAAUUGCUGGAAUGCUUAUCGGGCUGCUCCUCGCAGGGCAGCACACGUCCUCCACCACCAGUGCCUGGCUUGGCUUCUUCAUAGCCAGAGACAAAGCAAUACAGGAACAGUGCUAUGCAGAACAAAAAGCAGUUUGUGGGGAUGACCUGCCACCAUUAACUUACGACCAGCUCAAGGAUCUCAGUUUGCUGGAUCGCUGUCUAAAAGAAACUCUAAGGCUUAGACCUCCUAUAAUGACCAUGAUGAGGAUGGCCAAGACUCCCCAGACUGUUGCUGGAUACGAUAUUCCCCCUGGCCAUCAGGUCUGUGUAUCUCCCACCGUUAACCACAGACUCAGGGACUCCUGGAAGGAUGCUCUAGACUUCAAGCCUGACCGGUAUCUCCAAGAUAACCCAGCAGCUGGAGAGAAAUUUGCGUACGUUCCCUUUGGCGCUGGCCGUCAUCGCUGCAUUGGAGAAAACUUUGCGUACGUUCAGAUUAAGACUAUUUGGUCUACUUUGCUUCGUUUGUAUGAAUUUGAUCUCAUCGAUGACUAUUUUCCGACUAUAAAUUAUACAACAAUGAUACACACACCUAAUAACCCCGUUAUCAGAUAUAAGAGGAGGUCACUGUAAAUUCUGCAGCUAAAACCGUACUUGCUUAAGUUGUGUGAACUAACAGACUUUUGAAUAAAAUCAUGGCAAACUGAGUGGCAAAUGGAAACUGUUGCAUCUACUGUUAGGAAAGCAACAAUAAUCUACCAACUGCAGAGUCUUUGCAUCUGUUUUGUUUGCUUGCACCAUUUAAUGCUGCUGUGUAUAAUUGCUUGUUCUACAAAUGUCUCAUGGCAUUUUUAAAGAAAAAGCGUCUUUUCUACUGUUGUAACACUUUUAAGGUGCAUGCCAACUCUUUAAGGUGAAGAAAUAAGUCAUUUUAUAAAUGGAAUUCUUUGCUUUUGAAAAAUAACUGAAGAUUACUUUUCCCCAGAUAACAAGGGGUAAGACUGCAUCGCUUACCUCUGUAUCCAAUUACAGUAAAUCAGGAAC